UUGAUAAACAAGACUAAGAUUUUCGGCGUGUGAUUAGCCACAAGUAUCUGCUUUAAAUUUAGCAUUUACAUUUUUAUUGUAUAUACGAAUAUUAAUUUUUUUGAUUAUUUAAUAUUGCAUCUACCGCAUAGGUUUUAAAACAUCUAAAUGAUGAAGGGAACGUCAAUUCUGAAAAAAUCAAAUAUGAAGAAAAUUGUUUCUCAACUAGAAAGCCGUUUAUUCUCAAGUGCUUCUGAAGUUUCAUUUGAAACUAAGCCAUUUAAACUACAUAAAUUAGAAAGUGGACCUAGUACUACUGCUACCAUAAGUGCAGAGGAUGCUUUAAAGUACUAUAAACAAAUGCAAACUAUUCGUCGUAUUGAAACUGCUGCUGGUAAUUUAUAUAAAGAAAAAAUUGUUAGAGGUUUUUGUCAUUUAUACUCUGGACAGGAAGCCUGUGCAGUUGGAAUGAAAGCUAUGUUUCGAGAACAAGAUUCCAUAAUUACAGCAUAUAGAGCUCAUGGUUGGACUUAUUUAAUGGGCGUUAAUCCAUUUGGUGUUUUAGCUGAGUUGACUGGACGAAAAGGUGGUAAUGCACGUGGAAAAGGAGGUUCAAUGCAUAUGUACGCAAAGAAUUUUUAUGGUGGCAAUGGUAUUGUAGGUGCUCAGGUACCUUUAGGUGCCGGUAUAGCGUUUGCUGCAAAAUAUUUGGGCACAGGAGGUGUUUGCUUUGCUUUGUAUGGAGAUGGAGCUUCUAACCAAGGACAAGUAUUUGAAGCUUACAACAUGGCUAAAUUAUGGAAUCUUCCUUGUGUCUUUGUGUGUGAAAAUAAUGGUUAUGGAAUGGGAACUAGUGCAGAUCGUUCAUCAGCUAGUACUGAAUAUUACUCCCGUGGUGACUAUGUUCCUGGUAUCUGGGUAGAUGGUAUGGACGUGUUAGCUGUAAGAGAAGCUUCACGGUUUGCUAUUGACUAUUGUACUAGUGGCAAAGGACCAUUAAUACUAGAAACAGCAACUUAUCGUUACUCAGGACACUCGAUGUCUGACCCAGGAACAUCUUAUAGAACUAGAGAUGAAAUACAAGAAGUUCGACAAACAAGAGAUCCAAUCACGUCUUUCAAAACAAAAAUUCUUGAUUCUAAUUUAGUUACAGCUGACCAAUUAAAGACUAUUGAUAAUGAAGUUAAAGCUGAAAUUGAUGAUGCAGUGAAGAAAGCCAAAUCAGAUACUGAAAUACCAUUAGCUGAGUUAGCAGGUGAUGUAUACUCAGCACCACUAGAGAAAACAAUUAGAGGGGUGACUCCAUUCAAACCUUUAGAACAUAUAACUGUAGGAAAAGCUGUUAAUUUAAAUUGAAAUUAUAAAAAUAAUAAUAUUGAAUCUUAGCUUUUUUAAUUUUAAGCUUUCUCAUUCAUCUUUAAUUUCAAAUUGAAAUAUUUUGUUCUAAGAAAAUUUUGUGUGUUUACUGUUAAACUUUUGCAUUCCUAUUAUGUGAAAUAUAGAAAUUUUAUUGUUAAAAUGAA